GCCAUGGAAAGUCCAGGAGACGUCUGUUGGGAAAGUGAGGAGAUUAAGCGAGAGGUGAAAGUACCCGUUUUCUUCCAUGAAUCGGUUGGUUGGUUGAAUAUCGAUCCAUCAGUUUCAUUCCCGUCGUCUUGUCGGCUCGAAUCUUCUUUUUUAGGGUCCUCGCGACCAUGUGGAACAAAUACGAACAAAAGACCUCCUCCGGUUACGGCACAUAUUCCAUUAAAAAAAUAACAAGUCCAUUUAAGACAGCGCAUCAGUCCGACCCGAUCUAAAAUAAAGUAUCCCAUUUGUGACAGUUAAGAACUUGUACGCAGUUAUCAUCACCAGUUGAUUGCAUUAUUCAGUCGUGGCGAAGGGGUCGUUCGUCAACUCGUACAUACAUAUUUUGCGAACCAAUUAAAUGAAUAUCGUCCUUUAUAAAGAACGCGCAUGAAUAAAUUGUGACUAUUCAUUCCAUAACAAGGAAGCUUCCCGAGUCCGAGUUCAGAGGCGUGUAUGUCACUAAUUCUCAUCAGUGCACGUACAUAUGGGUCGUCAACUCAAUUAUGAAAGGGUGAAGUAAAACUCUGUGGAAAAUAUUUCUCCACCGUCUCUGACAUUUGCCUGCCAUAUUUCCCAUGCGUAGCGUCAUAGGAGUCGGUGGAAGUACACAUUGACUAUUUUAUUACACAGGCCCCGACCCAUCAUAAGCCAUUCCCCUUCGGCGCAAGUAAAGUAAAAGUAAAGUUUAAUGGUUUUAUUUCUCCCUUUGGACAGUAAUGUUGGAUAAGUAUCAAGUAUCGACUGAAUAUGUUGGUUGGUAGAGGUGCUCAUCCAAGUGAGUGGAGUUAGUUGGAGUUGAUUGUGUGUGCCAACCAACAAACUCGACGAUUUCAUGGGGAAUGAAUACAACGAGAAGACAGCCAUAAAAUACCUGUCAAGUGGAGAAAGCUCUUAGUUCCGAGCGAGAGGAGUUCACAAAAUGUGACCGACGCUACCUACAACAACUCGCCACAAAUAACCUUUUGCAUAAAGUAGCCAGAAUAUUUUUAUUUUGUUAGUCGUGACUUGAAAAAUAAAAUGAUUCUGAAUUAUUCAGAGACUUGUUAAAAAAAGUGAAAGUAAGUUUGUGUGGAAGAAAUAGUUGAAAAGGGGAAGGAAACGAAGUUCUAGGACUGUGAUAUGGCGUCCUCUCACCCCAACGGCAAUGGAAGUCAUAGCCAACUGUUUCCAAUUCCUCAGGAAUCUGGGAGUAUGGCCAUGGGGCAUAUGCGCGAUAACAUGCCCCCACCGGACGUUGACGAUUUGGGGUCUGGCGUUGUGGGCCUCCUGCUCACCAGCCUGUCCUGGCUACUGGUGAUACUCACCCUCCCAUUCUCUCUCUUCUUUUGCUUCAAGGUGGUGCAAGAGUACGAACGUGCGGUUAUAUUUCGACUAGGUCGGUUACAGUCUGGAGGGUCACGCGGAAUUUUCUUUGUUUUGCCAUGUAUCGAAUCAUAUACGAAAGUUGACCUGAGGACGAGUUGCUUUGACGUACCCCCACAAGAAGUAUUGACCAAGGACUCAGUUACCGUCAGUGUCGACGCAGUCGUCUAUUAUAGAGUGAGUAACGCUAUCAUAUCCAUCGCAAACGUGGCGAAUGCUCACCAAUCGACGCGUUUAUUGGCACAAACCACCCUUAGAAAUAUUCUGGGGACGAAAAACCUGCAUGAAUUGCUCUCGGAGAGGGAAGGGAUUUCCAACGCUAUUCAGGGCUCUUUGGACAUCGCCACGGAGGCAUGGGGAAUUAAAGUGGAACGGGUCGAAAUUAAGGAUGUCCGAUUACCUGUCCAGUUACAAAGAGCUAUGGCGGCCGAGGCGGAAGCCGCUAGGGAAGCUAGAGCUAAAGUGAUUGCGGCUGAGGGUGAACAAAAGGCAUCUCGAGCUCUUAAAGAGGCUUCUGAUGUAAUUUCCGAGUCUCCUGCAGCACUUCAAUUGCGAUACUUGCAGACUUUGAAUACGAUCAGUGCCGAGAAAAACUCAACAAUCGUUUUUCCCUUACCGAUCGAUCUAAUACAGGGGUUUAUGAAAGGGAUGCGACGCGACUAGACGAGCAAAAACUGCACCAGAACUCUAAAAAAUACCAAACAAAGGCUUAUUUUGAUUUAUAAAUAAGAAUGUAAAAGUCCAACAAUAUUUCCACUUUAAUUCUAAAUUAUGUAUGUAUAUUCUAAAUUCUAAUAUCGUGGCGCUAUAUAGAAAAAUACCCAUCUUACGGAAGGACCAGAUCAUAUGCAUAUGUACAUAUUUAUAUUAUACCAUCUACAAUUCAGUAUUGAUUUUGUGCAUCUAUAGUUAAACUAAAAAUUCAUGAGGUGCUUUCUAUUAUUAUUGAUUAUGGAGACCAAUUCUUAUACAUACAAGAAAAUAUUUAUUCAUUCAUAGACAUUGUAGUUCAUCUCUCUACGGAAUAAAAUUGUCCAUCCAUUAAAUUGAUCUCAUUUAUACUAUGAUUUUUUAAACAAGUUUGUAGUAAUAAAGUUAAUAAUGCUAUGCCGUAUUAAUGAGUUAAUCUUUAUGAAAGCUGUUAUUUUACGAAUAUGCAAAGUUCUUUGUUUUAAUUAAACGCAUUUCUAAUACAUACAUGAAAAUAAAUAAAUAAUUGCAAGAAAA